UAUUAUCAAUCACGUGCUCGAUGCAUAGGAACAGUGAAUUCAUUUGAAUUUAAGUAAUGUGACAUUAUAGCGUAAUGCAUUUGUACAAGUCAGAGUUUUUUAAGAAGUUUUCAGAAGUUUGUUUUAAUCAUUCGUAAUCUCUAUAUAAUCUUUUAUCUUAUAUAUUAAAUCGUUCAAGAUGUUUUAUCAUGAUUACUAUAACGUCGAUCCUUUCAAACCAUUAAAUGUUGAAUUUAAUAUAUUUACAUUAGAAGAAGUUAAAAAGUUAUCAGUUGCACGUAUAGACUCACUUAUUUCAUUCACACCUCUUGGUGAACCGGUUCUUGGAGGUUUUUAUGAUGCUAGACUGGGGCCUACUCAUAUAAGUAGUAGUAAAUGCAUGACUUGCAAUCAAAAUGCAAUGUCUUGUUCAGGCCACUUUGGACAUAUUGAACUCCCAUGUCCUGUUAUAAAUCCUUUAUAUUCUUCAAUGAUAGUUCACAUACUUAAAUUGUGCUGCUUGUCAUGCUAUAAAGUUUUAUUACCUCGUGAAUUAACUCUAAUUUUAGCUGCUCAGUUGAAACUUUUGGAUAAUGGUCAAUUGGUUAAUGCAUAUAAUUUAAAAAAUGAAAUAAACAGCUUUUUUGAUGAAGAUGAACGAAAAUUAUCAUCUGACGAAAUUGAAACAUUUAUCAAUUUAUAUUUAAAAGAGAAUAUUCAGGAAGAUGAUAAUUCAUAUAAUAAGAGUGCAGAUGAAAUACGACAAACUUUUAUAGCUGAAACCUUAAAUGAAGUUGUUAGAAGAAAAGGAUGUAUACACUGUAAUUGUAUACUUUCAACAGUUUCAAAAUCAUUUUCUAAAAUAACUAUUUCUCAUGGAAUAAGGUCAAAGAAAGAAAAAAAAGUAAAAGAGUAUCUAUUUCCUGCUGAAAUAAAGAAAUUUUUAAGGCAAAUAUGGAAUAAUGAAAAACAUUUUUUGACUGCACUAUUACCUGUUUUAGAUGGAGUUAAUUUAGAAUAUCCCACUGAUGCUUGUUUCAUGACAAAUGUGUUAAUAACACCACCUAAUUUAAGGCCUAAUCUUAUGGUCAAAGGUAAAAUUGUAGAGAGCCCUAGAAAUGCUACUUAUAAAUCAAUUUUACGAGAAGCUAAACUGAUACAGUAUAUACGUUUGAUGAGAGAUAGAGAGGAAGGUCAAGAAAUUCCAGAAGACAUUAUAGAAAUAGUUAAAGAUAGUCAAGGGAAAGAUAACAUAGAAAAAGUACAAAUAAGUAUGCAUAAUUUACAAAUGUGUGUUGAUGCACUUCUUGAUGGUACAGCAAUGAGAUCUAUGAGUUUAAAAGAUUCAUCUGUUCAAAUUGGUUUAAAACAGUUAUUAGAGAAAAAAAAUGGCAUAAUUCGUCAAAAUAUAAUGGGCAAAAGGGUUGACUAUUUUGCAAGAUCUGUUAUUACUCCAGAUCCUUAUUUAGAUAUUGACCAAAUUGGUAUUCCUGUAGAAUUUGCUAAAAAAUUGACGUAUCCUAUAGCUGUUACUGACUGGAAUAUUAAAGGCUUGCAUAGUAUUGUUUUAAAUGGUCCAAAUCAUUACCCAGGAGCUAAUAUGGUUGAAACUGAUAUUGGUAUCAUUAAAUGGCUAUCUGCAACUAAUAAAUCUCGUCGUGAAGCCCUAUCUAAAACACUUUUUUAUCAAGGUCCUAAUUCUAGAGGUCCUCAAAUUGUUCAUCGUCAUGUAGUUGAUGGAGAUAUGAUGCUUGUUAACAGACAACCUUCCCUUCAUAAGCCAAGUAUAAUGGCUCAUAGAGUUAAAGUUUUGAAAGGAGAGAAAACUUUACGUUUACAUUAUGCUAAUUGUAAAGCUUAUAAUGCAGACUUUGAUGGGGAUGAAAUGAAUGCACAUUUGCCUCAAAGUGAGUUGGCUAAAUGUGAAGCACAGGAGCUUGCAAGUGUUGUAAAACAGUAUUUAGUACCACGUGAUGGAACUCCAUUAAGUGGUCUUAUUCAAGACCAUAUUAUAUCAAGUGUACGUAUGACAAUUAGAGGUAAGUUUUUUACUCGAAGAGAAUAUAUGCAUUUUGUUUAUCAAGCUUUAAGUUCAUUAGAUCAAGACAUUAAAACUAUACCACCAGCCAUUAUUAAACCAGUUAUGUUAUGGUCUGGAAAACAAAUAAUAUCAACUUUAAUUUUAAAUUUGACACCCUCAAAUCACAAGUGUUCAUUAAAUAUGUUUUCAAAAUCUAAACUUGAAGAUAAAUUCUGGAAAAAUCCAAAUAAUUUUGAUUAUACCACAUUUCUUUCUGACUUUAAUGUAAUUAUAAAAAAUGGGUAUUUAAUAUCUGGAAUUCUUGAUAAAAAUCAUAUAGGAGCAUCUACUUGUAGUUUAGUACACUGUUUCUAUGAACUUUAUGGUGGAAAAUAUUCAUCAAAAUUACUUAGUGCUUUUAGUAAGUUAUUUACUGUAUAUUUACAAUUGGAUGCUUUUACAUUAGGUGUUAUAGAUAUUUUAGUUACUAAUGUAGCUGAUUCUCAGCGUCAAACUACUAUUACUGAGUCAAAAAAUGCUGGAACAUUAGCUGCAUUAGAAUCUCUUGGUGCUGAAUUCUUAUCUCAAGAAAAUUUAACAAAAAAGUUGGCAGAAGCUUAUAGCAAAAAUGCUCAUUUUUCUGCAUUAGUUGAUAGAAAUUAUAAAAAACACUUGCAGCCUUACACAAAUAAAAUAACUAAAUCUUGUGUUCCUAAAGGUUUACUGCAACCAUUUCCUGAAAAUAAUCUACAACUUAUGGUACAAUCAGGGGCUAAAGGGUCUACUGUCAAUACUAUACAAAUAUCAUGUUGUUUAGGUCAAAUUGAAUUAGAAGGAAAAAGACCACCUUUGAUGAUCUCUGGUCGAUCUCUACCAAGUUUUCCACCAUAUGAUACACUACCCAAAGCAGGUGGCUUUAUUGGAAGUCGUUUUAUGACAGGAAUUCAACCUCAAGAAUUUUUUUUUCAUUGUAUGGCUGGCCGUGAAGGUCUCAUUGAUACUGCAGUUAAAACUAGCAGAAGUGGUUAUCUACAACGAUGUUUAGUGAAGCAUUUAGAGAGCUUAAUUGUAAAUUAUGAUAUGACUGUAAGAGAUAGUAAUGGAAGUAUUAUUCAAUUUUUAUAUGGUGAAGAUGGCUUAGAAGUAACAAAAAGUAGUUUUUUUAACAAAAAGCAGUUUAAAUUUUUAGCUGAUAAUGUUGAUUCUUUCAAAGCAUUACAAAAAAUAAGGAAUGAUCAAUUUUACAUAGAAAUUGAUAAACAAUUGAAAGAAAUCAAAUUGGCAUUAUCAAAAAAAACUAAUGAUAAAAUAGCCAAAAGAGACAGUGGAUUUUUGAAUUGGUGUAGAGAUAAUUCUAAUAUUAAAAGUGAAAAACAUUUAAAAAUAAAAAAUGGCCGUUACAAAAGAAAUACAAGAUUAUGUAAAAAAUGGCAAGAAUUAGAUAAUGAAAUUAAAAAAAAAUAUUCUUUAAAAUUUGAUAAGUUAAAGGAUCCAGUAAGUGCUACUUUUCAUCCUGGAGGGCAUUAUGGCUUGAUUUCGGAAAAAAUGGACAUGGCAAUUGAUGAGUAUUUUAAUAACAAUUAUGAUGAUGUCAACGAUAAAUUAAUAAAUAAUGUUAAGGAAUCCAUCAGACUUAAAGCAAUGACUGCUACAGCAGCUGCAGGUGAACCUGUUGGAUGUAUAGCUGCUCAAUCAGUUGGAGAACCAUCUACUCAAAUGACACUCAAUACUUUUCAUUUUGCUGGACGUGGUGAAAUGAAUGUUACAUUGGGUAUACCAAGACUUCGUGAAAUUUUAAUGAUGGCUACAAAAACUAUCAAAACACCUUCAAUGGAAAUACCUCUUAUUCAAUCUGAAAAUGUUCAAGAAAAAGCUGAAUCAUUAAGAAAGCUCAUGACUAAAAUGACAUUAAAAGAUGUUCUUUCUAAGAUACAUGUUCAUGAAAAAAUUAAAUUAACUCCAAUUCGACACACAUGUUAUGACUUGAUUUUAUACUUAUUGCCUCAUCGAUGUUAUGAAUCAAUUACCCAUAUAACUCCCAAAAAGGUUAUGAAGUUUAUUAAAUAUGAGUUUCCAAUUAGUUUACAAAAAAUGUUUGAAAAAAAUUUAUCAAACAAUUUGAGUGGAGAACUGAUAUCAGAAGAGGCAAAAAAAGCAUUAAAAGUUAAUAGAAAAAAAAAUGAUGUAAACAAUGAAGAUGCUUUAUUGAAUGAUACCGAACCACAAGAAAGUAAAUCAAAAGAUAAUUCUGAUUCAGACAGUGAUUCAGAAGCUGGAGAAUUUGAUUCUGCAGCUAUGAAAAGAAAAGCACAAACUGAGGAAUAUGACUAUGAAAAAGAUGAAGAUGAUCCUCAAAGUGAUGGGGAGAUUAAAUCAGAUGAUAAUCAAAGUGAAUUUGAAUCAACAAUGAAUAUUGAAGAUAAUAAGACAAAAGAAGAUAUUGGCUCUAUAUUUGACAAAGAAAAUAAAAUGCAACAAUCUAAAUUAAUUGAAAAAGACUUUUCCUGUGUUACAGUUAUAGUUAACAAGAUUGACAAAGUACAAUCUUCGUGGGCUAAAAUUAAAGUUACUGUUCCACUUGAAUUUAAAAGACUUGAUUUAACAUCGUUAAUUAGAGAUUUAGUUGAACGUGUAGUUAUACAUGAAAUACCUGGAAUAAAUAGAGCUAUUUUGACUGAAGUUAAUGGUAAAACUAUUUUAAAGACUGAAGGAUCUCAAGGAGUUGCUGAACUUUUUAGAUUUCAAGACCUAGAUUUAAAUUCAUUAUAUUGUAAUGAUGUACAAAUGAUGUUAAAUACUUAUGGUAUUGAAGCUGCUAACAGGGUUAUCAUUAAUGAAGUAAAAAAUGUGUUUAAGGUUUAUGGUAUCAAUGUAGAUACUCGUCAUUUGUCAUUAAUAGCAGAUUACAUGACCUAUGAUGGUAAAUAUAAAGCAUUGAACAGAUCUGGGAUGAAUGAUUGUCCAUCUCCACUGCAACAGAUGUCAUUUGAAUCUACUUUAAGUUAUUUAAAAAAAGCAACUGCUUUGAAAUUAAAAGAUAAUCUAGUAUCACCAUCUAGUGCUUUAGUUGUAGGCCAGCAAGCAAAAAUUGGAAGUGGCCUUGUUAAAUUAUUAUGGCAGUGAUAAAUUCUAGAAAAUGACAUAAGUUUGUUUUAUUGUUCAAAUAAAAUUGGAAAAAAAUAAUGUGCAUUUGAUUUUUUUUUUAAUAUGUACUUGAACCAAAUGUAUCUAACAACUCUUAUAACUUUUGAUUCAAUAAGAACUUUGUGAUAAUAUUAUUAAACAAUUUUUGCAUUCUUAGAUUAGAUUUAAAAAAUAUUUAUUUUCUUUAGUAAAAAGAAAAAUACAAAUUAAUAUAUAUA